AUGAUACUUGACAAUAUAAAUGUGACUGAAGAAAACUACAUUACUGAGAAAUAUUGGGAUACACUAGACGUUCAUUUGAAGGAGUUCGCUUGCCCGAAGCAAGUGGCUAACUACAAACGACCAUUUAAAAAUGACGAAAACGUUGUGCAAUUCCCACGCGAUAUAAACAAACACGGUACCUUUUACGUAGUGCCAAACUCAAAAAAAUUAAUACAUAAGCCGUGGUACCACCCUGAACGCCAUGUAGCUAAACUAGCUAUAGAUGAACAAUACUCGCGUAUGAUCUUAAGAAAUCUAGUAAACACAGGAAUCUUAACGGACGUAGAUAGAGUGAUAUCUGUCGGAAACAAAUCGAUUAUUCUUCACGCGAACACGUCACAUCCAAAUUUAAAUUCCCAAUGUCUAAUAAAAGUGUUCAAAACAAAUCUUAUCGAAUCGAUAGAGACCGAGCGUUUUGUAAAGCCCGAUUUCAGAUUUCGUGCAAUGUUUCGUCAUACGCGGAAUGUGGCUAAAGAAUGGGCGAAGCUAGAGUUUGAUGGUCUUAAAGAAAUCAGAAAGCUGGGGAUAAAGUGUCCCGAGCCGUUUAUGAUAAAAUCGCACUGUGUCAUAAUGCAAUAUAUAGGGGAUCCCGAUAAACCAGCUCCUACAUUAGCAAGACUAAAAUUAAAAGAAGACAAAUGGGAGGAAAUAUUGUCGAUAGUGCUAGAUUAUAUAGAAAAGUUGUACAACGGUGGUCUGGUCCACGGAGAUUUGUCGGAACACAAUAUUUUAUGGUGGAAAGAUGAAUGUUGGUUGCUUGACGUAUCGCAAGCUUUGCCCAGAAGUCACGACAAGGCGUUGGAAUAUUUAUGGAAGGAUUGUAAAGCCGUGACUAGAUUCUUUGAAACAAAACUGCCGCAUAAAGUGAAGUCUCCAGUGAAGUUGUAUAACAAGUUAUGUAUGGAGAAUUGGGGAAUGUUAGCCACCAAAAUUUCUGAAUCAUGA